AUGGCGCUUCGUUCUUCACUCUCAGUUCUCUCUGCAAAUUCAAUUCCCAUCAACCCUAAAUUUGCAUCAGCUCCUGCACCAUUCAAAUUGCAACAAGUUUUGAGAGCUCGAAGCAGCCCCUCGUCGACGAGGUUGAAUGCUGCGGGUUUCGCCGAGAUUGAACCCGAUAUCAGUGAAGAUCCCCCAGAUCGUUGGGAAACUAAUAGCAUAAGCCCUGAAGAUUUCAAGUACGGAGAGUAUGAUGGGCACCAUACUUAUUUCGAAGGAGAGAAAAAAGGAACAUUUUGGGGUUUACUUGCUGAAGAGAUAGCAGCAGCAGAACCCCCCACAGGAUUUCAAGGGCUUAUUUCAUGGCUUUACCCUCCAGCCAUCGUUGCUGGGAUUGUCUUCCAUGUUCCGGGGGAGUACUUAUACAUUGCAACAGGAUUAUUCACGGCAAUAUUUUGCAUCAUUGAGAUGGAUAAACCUGACAAACCCCACCACUUUGAACCUGAGAUAUACAAUAUGGAAAGGGGAGCUCGGGACAAGUUGCUCAAUGACUAUAAUACCAUGGACAUAUGGGAUUUCAAUGAGAAAUAUGGGGACCUGUGGGACUUUACUGUUAAGAAGGAUGACAUAAUGACAAGAUAA